AUGACAAAAGACGUUAAUAUGACUUCGGAAACAGCUGUGCCACCACCCGCCGUCUGGGCUCAAAGAAGCGAUGUCAUAUAUCUAACGUUAAACGUAGAAUGCACCGAGCCGGAGAUCAAAUUCACCGAUGAAUCGUUGGUGUUUAGCGGAGUCGGAAAGCCGGAAGGGAAAAAAUAUGAAUUAAAUGUUGAGUUUUACGGAAAAAUCAAUCCGGAAAAGGUCGCAACCAAGAAUAUCAAACGUUGCAUCGAAUUUGUCAUUGCCAAAGCGGAUUCUCAGACACCUUACUGGCCACGGCUGUUGAAAGACAAGACCAAACCACACUGGCUGAAGGUGGACUUUAACCGAUGGGAGGACGAAGGUUCCAAUGACGAAGAAGUUACAGGAAAUAACGUCGAUCUGGCAGACUUGCUGCGGAUGACAUCGUCCGAAAACAAGAAUGAACUAUCCUUCGACGAUUUAAGUGAUGAGCCGGAGGGUGACUCGGACGACGAAAGCAUCCCGGGGCUGACGGAUUCUUAA